AUGCUGAAGGCGAUGGAAAUCACAAUCGGUGAGGAGGUUGUUGUGCGAAUUCUGGAGAGAUGCUUGCCAAAAGAGAUCCUCGAAAAAUGGAUAGAGCAAGUAUCCAGUGAUAGGUAUCCCAAGUUAGAGCAGUUGUAUACCUUCAUUCAAAAUUCCGUUUUCAAACAACGGGAGAUAGACAAAGCUCCCAGUGUGACGCAUCCCAACAAGCGGCCUGGAGGUAAGAAUUCAGCUCCCCCAGCGAAAAUGUCCAAGCCCACUGCCCGAUCUCUAGUCACUACGUCGACUUCAUCGAACAAUUCCUGUCCGAAGUGCGGACAAAAUCAUAGGCUCUAUUCAUGCGAAGAAUUCAAAAAAAGUAGCAUGAAAGAGAAAUGGGACUUUGUCUAUGCGAACAAGCUGUGUCGCAACUGCCUUGGCGCUCACCCCGCCCCUUAUUCCAGCAAAAUUCGGUGCAAAAAGAAGGAUUGCGGACGAGAUCAUCACACUUUCCUUCACACUAACAAGAAACAAAAAGGGUCGGCAUCUUCUAAGCCCGCUGAUGAAGCUGUGUCUUCUGGGGCAACACAAAAAUUACUAAAUUCUUGUCAAACAUUUUCAUCUCAAGCAUAUCUCUCUGAUUCUCAACUUAUGACCACUGCGGUCCUAAACUUUCAAUCCAAUCGAGGGAAGGGUUUCAUGGCACGAUCGUUGUUAGAUUCUUGUUCAAAUGCAAAUUCAAUGACACAAUCUUUUCUCCAUCAUUUAAAAUUGCCAACUAAGCAAUGCUUUGUAAACAUCGGAGCAAUUGACAAUGCGAGCACUGUUUCGGAAAAAUACACUAACGCUACUUUUUAUUCCAAUUACAAUAAUAGUAAACAUCAAUUAAAUUUUCUGAUUGUACCUAAAAUUGCAGACCGAGUGCCAAACGAAACUUUUCCUCGAGAACGAUUUGGAAUUCCCAAAAAUGUCAAGCUUGCAGAUCCUCAAUUUCACGUACCUAGACCCAUCAAUGUCUUACUGGUAUCAGGGACAACAUUGUCAUCUCUGGCGAUUGGUCAAAUCAAAUUGACCAGUGAUAAUUCUCAGAUCACUCUUCAAAAAACAGCCUUUGGUUGGGUGGUAGCCGGAAGAUCAUCGUCGACUAAACCUCUUAAUACAGUCUCCUGUAAUGCCGUGAAAUUGGACCAGUUGCUGGAAAGAUUCAUGGCUAUCGAGGAUAUCGACUAUCAGCCAGUCAAGGCUCAAGAAAACGUAGCUUGCGAGAAUUACUACGUCGAAACGACCACUCGCGACGCUUCUGGUCGUUACACAGUUAGGCUCCCGUUUCAGUCUCAAAGGUUCGAAUUAGGUUCAUCCAAGCGCCAAGCUUUACAGCGCUUUAAGGCAUUAGAACGAAAAUUCGAUGCCAAUCCCGAUUUCCGAGCUCAGUACGAGAAGGAAAUCAAUAGUUAUCUGGAAUUAGGCCAUAUGACUUCGUGCGAAGACGACGCUGAUGAUGGUUAUUACAUGCCUCAUCACGCGGUAAUCAAAGAAUCAAGCGAAACCACGAAGUGUCGCGUCGUAUUCGACGCUUCGGCUGAAACUUCGACGCGCACUUCGCUGAACAAAGUCUUGCUGACUGGGCCGACUCUCCAGGAAACUAUUCCACAACAAUCUCUGCGCUUCCGUGCGCAUCCCUUCGUGAUAACUGCGGACAUCGAGAAAAUGUACCGGCAGAUCUGGGUCCACCCAGACGACAGGAAAUUCCAAAAAAUCCUGUGGUAUCACGAAGGAAAAAUUCGAACGUUUCACAUUAACGUCGUGACUUUCGGUGUGACAUGUGCUCCAUUUUUAGCAAUUAGAACAUUGCACCAAUUGGCCUCAGACGAGGAGGUCAAUUCUCCAAGAGAUGCUCAGCUCCUUCGCAGAGAUUUCUACGUCGACGAUUUUCUGUCAGGCGCAAAUUCCUUAGACGAAAUCAUGGCAAUACGCGAUGAGAUGAUUGAACUUCUCAGUCGCGGCGGAUUCGUCAUUCGAAUAUGGUCAUCUAACCAUCCUUCCGCAUUGGAUAACAUAGAUAAAAGAAUUUUCGAUUUGGAUUGCGGAAUUCAAGUCCUAAUUCAGGACUGCUGGAGAGCCAAACUCACUUGGGACGAAUCUCUUCUUCAAAACAUCCAUACAAAAUGGAUUGAUUUAGCAGGUCAACUUCCUAGUUUGGAAUCGAUAGCGAUACCCAGAAAUUUACGAUGCGGUAAUCCGGUUUCCACGGAAAUACACGGAUUUUGCUAUGCAUCUCUGAAUGGGUACGGCGCUUGUAUCUUCGUUCGAUCUGCAGAUUCACUCGGCAAUGUUACUGUAAGGUUGGCUUGCAGUAAGUCCGAGAUAGCGUCGAUGAGUCAUCAGACUAUUCCACGAUUGGAACUAGCUGGUGCCACUCUUCUUAAAAAACUGUACGUUGAAGCAAGGGAACAACUGAUUUUCCUUUUCGAGCGGGUGAUGUUCUGGUCAGAUUCGAUGAUAGUUUUGUGCUGGUUAAAAAAGGCACCUCAUUUGUUGCGAACAUAUGAGAGCAAUCGAGUAGCUGAAAUCCGAACGUUGGGUGACGAAGCUGAGUGGCGGCACAUCCGUUCUGGGGACAAUCCGGCUGAUUCAUUGUCACGCGGUUGUAAGGAAGGACUGGUUUUAUUCACCGCUGCAUCAGGUAGUACUAUCUACUCUCGAUUUUCAGAGUAUGGUACUCUCAUCCGGUCGUUUGCUUACCUACUUCGUUGGAAGAUGAAGGGGAAGAACGCUAUUGAGACUCCGAAGACGAAUAGGUCGAGAAGAGGUAUCCGGUAUUUAUCUCCGGACGAGAUAGCUAACGCCGAGAUUCCCAUUCUUCUACUGAUUCAACGGGAGAGUUUUAGCCCCGAAAUCAAACUUCUGAAAUCGAAUAAAAAGCAGAAUUCGAACAAUUCUACAAGUUCGUUCAGAAGUCAAACUAAGUUCGAUGAACUCAAUCCAUUCCUUGAUGACAACGGUCUGAUUAGAGUAGGCGGUCGUUUGAAAAAAUCCGACCUUCUCUUCAAUCAAAAAUAUCCAAUCUACUCUCUAUACCGGACGUGA